UCUCAGCUCUGCUUCAAUGCACUGAGUUGGCCGGUUCGCCCGGAGAAACCGGCGCCCGCGUCCUCGGCGAAGCCGGAUGUCACAGUGAGCCCGAAGACCUCAGCCGGCGCGACACGAACGGCCCGUACUCCGUCCAUGGCCUGUGGAGUACCUAGUAGUAAGGCCAGGAGCCCCUAGUAGCUAAAUAAGACAAUAUAUACUGUAAAACAUAUCCAAAGAAGGAGCCUUGAAUUGUUUGUGAACACCACUGGUUUUGAUCGUGUUUCUUCCUUUUUUUCGUGUGUGUGCGCGUGCUGUAUGAUUUACAGUAUGGGUUCUGUGUCGUUUCCGUAAUUUUCCAACCUGUGUGGACACAUUAUAUAUAAGAUGUCGAACCUCAGUGCCCUGGAGUAUUGACCUUGGGACCGAGAGUAAAAGCAUACUAUGUAUAUACAGCAUACACAUAUCCAAUGAAAGGUGUACAGCUUGGACUCAGAGACAUUCGUUGUGCCCAAAAACUUGUGAGGCAAUGCUUCGAUUGGCCACUCGCCGGCAGCAGAUCGCGGAAAUAUGGGGCCAGCAAAUUCCUGACGUUUCCAACUUUCUGGGAAGGAGGAAGCGUGUCUUCCAUGCGGGUCGUGGGUCUUCCCAGAUUCCUGGAAUGACCUGUUCAGUCGAUCGGAAGAGCGAGCUUUGAGCGCCACCGGAUUCUAUGGCCGUUUGCAAGGUCUCGGUUCAGGCUGUGGCCCCCGUAGCAAGCCUGGCAUCAAGACCAGUUGGCCCUGCCCCCACACUCCACUUCAACUCAUGUUCCAUGGAAGUGGACAACCCUUGGUUCCACAGAAAACGAUGGACACCAUCAAGCUGUAUAACACCUCAAGACCUGGUCCCCUGUAGAUCACCACCACCAAGACCUGGUCCCCUAAGGCCAUCUAAGGCCCCUGGAGGGCAAAACGGUGCGUCGCAUGCGGAUUCCGCUGUGCAAGAUCUGACUCUAAGUCUUCGCACGCCCGCCCCCGUCUGGGCACGGGUGCCCUGUGACCUUGUCUACGGAGCGCAUGCACUGGAUUCCGUUGCCGCACCAUCUGAAUCUUCCUCCAGACCAGGUAGGUUGGGAUCUUCGCUCGUCCAGAUCGCGCCGUCCGGAAGCGUGGUUGCGCGCACGUCGCCGGGGCGUCGCAUGUGUCGUACCCGCUGCUCACUGGUUGAGUCUUUGGGUGAUUUUCCGCUCCUCCAGCAGCUUUGAGGUCGGGGUGCUCCUGGCGCUCGCGCGGGGGGAGAUCGACGAUGGCGCCCAUCCGCGGCGGCUCACGACCUCAGUGGCGUGCAGGGAGGCUUUGGAGGACAUGCUGAGGCAUGAGAAUUGGAUGUACGUGAACAACUCCCAAACUCGCUGGUGUAAACUGCGAUUGGAGAACACCAUGGCGACGUGUUGCAGGAUCGCGAACUUCGCGCAGGGCCGGGGGGAGGAUUGCUCGGGGUGCGUGAGCUCCUGUAUCCACCAGAACAUGGUGACGCUGUGUGAAAAGGACUUUGGACAGGCGUGCAUCGUGAAGCGGAAGCCCUUCUUCCGCACCGGCGCUCCGGAGUUGGAGGUGCACGAGACCUUUUGCGUGCCCAAAGAGUGCAACAACGGUGCUGACAGGGAUGCCUUGGUCGCGUGGUUUGCCGCCUACUACGUGGCACGGCGAGAUGGUUGGCACAUGGACUACGACGAGGCCGUGCUGGAAUGCACCAGCGGCGUCGUGACGGCGAUCAUUGUUACCAUCACGGUGAUCGUCUGCAUCGUCUCAUGCAUCCCCAUCUCCAUCUUCCUCUUCAAGGCUCCCAAGGAGCGAGGGCGCACGCUCAUCUCCCAAGAGCAAAUGCAGGCAGAGUCGAUGCGCGGCGAUGAGGACAUGGAUGGCACGCUCCGCAGCACUGCGGGAGGCGGUGACACCAUGGGCAGCUCGGGCAUGGGCGCGACCCGUUGAGCGUGCGCCGAUGGGGAUGGCGCCAAGAGGUGGUAGCUCAGAUGUAAGGAUGAUGGGUAAAUGGGAUCCCUCAAAAUGAAAAAGACCGUGGUCCGUGACC